AUGCUUCAUCUGAUCAAACACGCUUCUCUUCAGGAAGGUGCUCUCUUCCAACCCUCUACAAUUCAGGCAGAUUUUGAAAAGGCUUUUCAUAAUGCUGUUGAAAUAUCCCUCCCAGCGACAGAAGUAAAAGGAUGUUUUUUCCACUUCACGCAAUGCAUUUGGCGCAAUUGCCAAAAACAUGGUCUGCAGACAGCUUACAAAAAUGACCCCGACAUCCAGAAAAUGGUUCGACGUGCUGCAAUGUUACCUCUUGUGGCCCCGGAGGACAUCGACGACGUUUGGCUGAACACUUUGGCCGAAGCACCUGCUACCGAUAAUUGUGUGAAUUUUUUGGAUUAUGUGACGGAAAACUGGGUCGAAGGUGUAUGGGGCAGGGACGUGUGGAACCACCAUCAUACAACGGCUGCCCGAACGAACAACAACGUUGAAGGGUGGCAUCAUAGGAUGAAUUCAGUCGCUGGUAAAUCACAUCCAAACCUUUUUGAAUUCAUCCGCAUCAUCCAGAGAGAACAGACGUUAACAGAUUUGAAAAUCUCUCAGCUACAAGCUGGUGGACGUUUCCCUCCAAAGAGGAGGAAAUAUCGGACUCAGGACGAGAAGUUACAAAGAUUGAAAGAACAGUUGCAGGGAGAACAACUGACAUUGGUGGAAUUUGCCGACAAAGCAUCGUUCUUGCUACACUUGUAA